AUGGCUUCGCUUCAGAAGGGUUCGCCGCUUGAUACGCUUCUAGAAAUUGGAAGAACAAGCUCUGUACUGUCACCUGGGACAAUUGGUCUAUUUCUAACUCUUUUACUUUGGACUCUUUAUAAACAAGCAACACAAGCACAAGUACCAAAGAUUGCAAAGACUCCAGAAGCACCAGAUACGCUUCCAUUUGUAGGAAAUCUCAUGUCAUUAGGAGGUCGACUCAACGAGAAUGACUGCACCAUCUACUCUCGAUGGUCGAAGAAGCUCGGCAACGACAUCUUCCAGAUGCGUCUUGGUAGCGAACGAGCUCUUGUGGUCAACACAUUUGCCAAGAUCAAAGAUCUCUGGGUUGGCCAUUCCAACUAUUUGAUCGAUAAGCCACAGCAACAUGGCUUUGCCAAACUUCUAGAACAAACUCAUCUAGACAUCUACCCAUACCUUCGCCAAAUCGUCUUCGACCUAGCACUCUCGCUUACGUACGGCACCGUCUCCUCUGGCGUCGAUGACGAAUUCACUGACGCUCUUGUCGCAUCCAUAAAUCAGAUAUCCUACUUUAGAGCCUCAACCCAAAGAUUCCGUGACUACGUUCCCAUGCUCCGACUCCUGGUCCCCAGCUUUGCAAGCGGGAAUCUCGUUGCGUCUGCAGAAAAGGAACGCCAGAAGAGACUCGACGUUAUCUAUGCCGCGUUGAAGGAAAGGACCGCAGCCGGCGAACAGGCUGAUUGCAUUGUCAAUGGGCUUGUGAAAGAUAACCUCUCUGAAGGCGAGAUUCACAGGACCUGUAAAGCGUUGCUUCAGGCUGCUCCGGACUCCACUGCGUCUUCUGUGUAUCUUGUGAUAGGCUGGUUUUCCACUCCUGAAGGGCGAGAAUUCCAGGAUUUGCUGUACAAGGAGAUUUUAAAGGUGUACGGAGGCGAUAGAGAUAAGGAGUGGAAAAUGGCUUUCCGAGAAGAAAGUGUCGAGCUGCUCGUAUCGCUGUAUAAAGAGACCCUCAGAUUCUGGACAACGACCCCCUUUGCAGUGCCAAGGACGACGGUCAAAGAUGUCAAUUAUGCGGGAACGACUAUUCCGAAAGGAACAACGAUGAUCAUGAGUGCUCAACAAGCAAAUCAUGAUGAGGCCUGGCACGGAGAUGAUGCAAAGACAUUUAAACCUGCUAGGUUUGUGGGCAACCCAACCAGUCUGCCACAUUUGACUUUUGGUGCUGGGGCCAGAAUAUGUCCUGCGGCUGCGCUGAGUAAUAGGAUCAUUUAG